UUUGGAGUCAUGCCUAUACGUCGUGCAGCUAGGACACCACCCCAGGAGAUGCCCCCCUCGGCUGCACCAGAGGGAGAGCCUGAUGCCAGUUCUGAGGAGUCUGCCUCUGUUGAGGAGGAGCAGGAGAUGGCAUCCGCUGCCCUAGUAGCCAAGGAGGGGGAGGGCACAGGUGAAGGAGAGACCAAAGAGAAUGGUGAGAAACCUGAGGGAGAGAAAGGUGAUGAAUCGACUGGCGAGAAGACUGCUGAGGGGGAAGAGUCUGAGAAGAAAGAAGAGAAGGAUGGCGUGAAAGAGAAAGUGAAGAAGCCAGUGAAAAGGGCCAUUCCCGCCUGGGCAACCAUGUCUGCCAGCAAACGUGCAACACUCACUAAUAAGAGCACCUCCACCAUGCAGCUGCCUAAGAUGGACGACAUCCUCAUCGAGGCCAUUGAGUCCUGCAAGGAGAAGACUGGGGCCUCAGCCCAUUCUGUCAUGAAGUACAUUGUGAAGAAAUAUCCUAACCUAGAGAAGAGGAAAUUCCUCCUUAAGAAGGCUCUCAAGAGGCAGCUGGAGAAGGGCACCGUCAAACAGCUAAAGGGUAAAGGCCUUUCUGGGAGCUUUACCAUUGGGAAGCAGUCCUCUAAUAAACCACCUGCUAAAGGGAAGCCGAUCGUCGUGGCACCUGGGUUGAAGGCAGAGACCCUUGGGGAUGCUCUGCCCCUGAUCAUCACACGGCUAUGUGAGCCCAAAGAGGCGUCUUAUAUCCUGAUUAAGAAAUAUGUGGAGCAGCACUUCCCUCAACUCAACGUGGAGCAUAGGCCAGAUAUCCUAAAGAGUGCCCUGGUGAGAGCUGUGGACAAGGGUCACCUGGAGCAGAUCACUGGAAAAGGUGCCUCUGGAACAUUUCAGCUGAAGCGGGAAGGGGGUAAGUUCCUGCUUAAAGGCGGGCCCCUGGAGGACGCUAUCAUGACAGCCAUUGUGGCAAUGAACGAACCCAAGACUUGCAGCACCACCACACUCCGCAAAUUCCUGUUAGAGACAAACCAGGACAGCAUGGAAUACCGUGUGGUGAACAACCUGAAGAGGACCCUGCAGAAGUGCAAAAUGAUGGGCUGGAUGGAUCAGAUCACUGGGAAUGGGCUAAACGGAACCUACCAGCUCUGCUACCCUUACUACCCCAGCCCAGCCAUUCUGUUCCCUGAAAAACAGAACGUGAAGGAGCAGAAAGUGGCGGAGAAGGACAAACGCAGAAAGAGGGUUGACUUGUCUGAUGAGGACUCUGAUGAGGAGGAAGAGGACUCGUCCGAGGAAGAGGACUCAGAUGAUGAACCCCCUCCUAAGAGGAAAGCUGGGAAGAGGCCACCACCUAAAGCGCGUCGCCCCCCCCCCAGCAAGAAGUCUCGGCCGGCAAGUCAGUCAAGGGCUAAGGGCAAAAAAGAGUCUGCACCCCCAGCAAAGAGGUCUGCACCCCCACCAGUCAAGGUAGUCAAGGCACCCCCACCAGUCAAGGCACCCCCACCAGUCAAGAAAGCUGCACCUGCGAGCAAGCCCAAAACGCCCAUCAUCAAAAAGCUGAUGAGCAAGGCAUCUAAGCGGCCAACGCCCAAAAAGUCACCUCCUGCAAAGAAGGCAGCAGCCAAUUCUGCAGUGAAGGCCAAGCCAGCAGCUCGCAAGUCCCUGAGGGGGAAGAAGUGAGUUUACUAUUGCCCAGCAGUGGAAGUUUAACUGUAGCUCUGAAGACAGUGGUGCUCUGCCUCUCUCCAUGCUCUCUUUCGCAUCAUUGUUUUCCUCCAGUUUGGGGGCUAUAGAAUUAUUUUCUCUGUAGGAUUGGGAUGUGGCAGUUAUUAGUUCAUGUCAAUUUACUGUACUUGGGAACUGUUCUAUUUCUGUGAACCCAACUUUUAAUCUCCAUUGUGUAGAAUGGCCUCUUAAAAUAUGUAAAACUGCCUAGGUAAAGAAUUGUAAAAUUUCCAUCACUACUUUUUAUUUCCCUCACACACUUAAUUUUGAUAAUGUAUAGGGCAGAGAUCCAGAAUCAGUGGCUUUUACUUUUUGCAUUUUGUCCCAGUCCACUCUACCAUGUUUUACCUGGACACAUUCCUUUUAUCAAAUCAUUUGUUUAGCAUUUUGGAAACUUUCUUCCUCUACAACAUUUUUGAUUUCUCUACAUUUAAUCUGGAGUGAACUCAUCUUAAAGGAUAUUGAGAUUUAUGUUAUUAAGUGAAUUUGAGAGCAUAAUGACAGCCAACUUUUCAUGUAAUGAAUUAUUGUUUAUUACCAAUUCUGUUAUUUAAAUGAUCGUAUGAGUGAAACAUAUCCAUCGCUGGGCCUGUGGUUAAAAUACUUAAUUUGAUUGGAGACUAACUGAUCAGGAAGCACUGUUUGUCAUUGUGAUUUUCAGUACUACUGCAUAGUAUUAGGGGAUUUUUUUGUGUGUGUGUAAACAAACAAGCUAAUCAUAGUGAAUUGGUUGUGUCCUAUAAAGUGAAAAGAAAACAGACCAAUACAAUCUUCUACAUUCUGUGUAAUAGUGAAAGAUUGUGAAUAACACACUUUGUUUUGAAGGAGCGUAGCUCAUACCCUGCAUGCAUGCGUGUACUCUUUAUGUUAUGCUUUUUCCCAAGUCAUUAUUAAAAUGGCUAUAUUUGUA